AGACACUCACUACUCACUAGUCAGUCUCAGUCAGUGAGUGUUGUGUUAGUGGUUCUGUCACCAGACUGCACGCACGCACAUAUUUCCACCAGGAACCGGAAAGACCAGUAGGCCUAGUGUUUGAGUGAGAGAGAACUUUUAGUAUCUAACCCAACCUAGUUACUAGUUAUAGUGUUGACUGUCAUCAUCACCCAUCAGUGUCAUCAAGCAAGUAACUUUCCAGUGUUGUUGUUUGUGUUUGUUUAAGACUUAUCACUAAGACAGGAUUGAUCUACAGUCUACUGCCUGUAGUUAUGCCUCUUGAGAAACUAACAUCCUCUCCAACAGGGUGCUGCUCCUGUGGACCAGGCUACAAGACACCUCAAGAUGCCAUCAAGAAAGGGCCGAGAGAAGAGAUCUUGUACAUUCUGUGUGUCCAGCCUGACACGACCAAACAAGACUAUUUGGCAGUGGUCGACGUGAACCCUGCGAGUCCCACAUACUGCCAGGUGAUCCACCGGACCAAAAUGCUGCACACUGGUGACGAAGUUCACCAUUUCGGUUGGAACAGCUGCAGUAGUUGCUUCGGGGACAUCAGCAAGAAAAGGGAUAAAUUAGUGAUUCCUUGCUUGGGGAGCGACAGGAUUUAUAUUCUGGAUGUUGGGACCAACCCGAAAGCCCCAAGUAUACAUAAGGUAAUUGAACCCUCCGAGAUGCAUGCUCUAGGGGUGGCAACCCCUCACACUACACACUGUCUACCCUCUGGAGACAUCAUGAUAUCCACCAUGGGCACAGUGGAGGGUGAGGGACUAGGGGACUUUGUCUUGGUCGAUGGUGCUUCUUGGAAAGUCAAAGGUUUGUGGACCCAAGGCCAGGCUGCCAAGUUUGGAUAUGACUUCUGGUAUCAGCCGUAUUGGGAUGUGAUGAUAUCCAGUGAGUGGGGCGCACCCAAGUCCUUCAAGCCAGGCUACAAACACGACGAUGUUUUGAAUCCAGAUCUGACUGGUCGCUCCCUGAACGUUUACUCGUGGAAGGAUCGCAAGCUGUUGCAGACCAUUGCCCUGGGAGAGGAUGGAGUCGCUCCUCUGGAGAUUAGGUUUUUGCACAAUCCUCUGGCCGCCCAGGGUUUUGUAGGCUGUGCAGUUACAUCUGCCAUCUUCAGAUUUUUCCGAAAAGUCGAUGGUACUUGGGCUGCAGAAAGAGUAAUACGCAUUCCACCAAAGAAAGUCAAAGGAUGGGCUCUUCCUGAAUUAGAAGGGAUGGUGACAGACAUAGUCAUCUCACUGGAUGAUCGGUUCCUCUACCUCAGCAACUGGUUACAUGGAGACGUAAGGCAAUACGAUAUUACCAACCCUUCUCAACCAAAACUGACGGGACAAGUUUUCAUAGGAGGUAAAAUUGUCAAGGGAGGUCCAAUAGAAGUUAUAGAGGAUCAAGAAUUGUCUGAGCAGCCUAAGCCUGUAGUCAUCAAGGGCCGCAAGAUCCAAGGCUCGGCUCAGAUGCUCCAACUGAGUCUGGACGGAAAGAGACUCUACGUCACAACCUCCCUCUUUUCUCCCUGGGACAAACAGAUCUACCCGGACAUGGUCCAAACCGGAUCUGUUUUGGUAAAACUCGACAUAGAUACAGAGAAAGGAGGGAUGAAACUGGAUGAAGACUUCUUGGUGGACUUUGGAAAAGAGCCUGAAGGUCCGGUGUUGGCGCAUGAAACUCGGUAUCCGGGUGGUGAUUGCACUUCGGACAUCUGGUUAGUGGACGAAGCUAAAGAACAAGUAGCCGCUGUUUAACAGUUUCUGCUUGAAUAUCCCUUAACUGUUUCACUAUGUAUCGCACAAUAACAAUAUUUAAUAGUUUAAUAAAUAUCACCUGUUACUUGUUUUAA